UGAAUCUCUUACACGACAUCUGACUCUGUCUCUGUGUUUCGAUUUGUCGGGAUCGGAUCAAUCAUCUGAAUUGAAUUGAAUUGAAUAAUGAGGGAAGAUGAUGAGUCCAAUUGGUUCUCCAGAUGGGAGGAAGAGCUGCCUACUCCCGACGAACUCAUGCCCUUAUCCCAAACCCUAAUCACUCCAGAUCUUGCCCUCGCCUUUGACAUCUCCCACCAGCACCCCCCUCCUCCCCAUUCCCAAUCUCAACCCCCACCUCAACCCCCCCACACACCCCCUCCCCCUCCUCCUCCUCCCAAUUCCCUCCCUCCCACUACCCCCACCCACCCCAACUCCUCCGCCGACUUCGCCGAUUCCGCUGACUUGGGCUCCGGUGCCGCCGGCGAUGAGCCCGCCCGCACCCUCAAGCGCCCCCGCCUCGUCUGGACCCCCCAGCUCCACAAGCGCUUCGUCGACGCCGUCGCCCACCUCGGUAUCAAGAACGCCGUCCCCAAGACCAUAAUGCAGCUCAUGAGCGUCGACGGCCUCACCCGCGAGAAUGUUGCCAGCCAUCUGCAGAAGUACCGUCUUUAUCUCAAGCGGAUGCAGGGCUUGUCUGGAGGUUCUGCUGGGGCUGCCGGCGCGGGUGCUGCUGGCUUGGCCGCCUCCGCCGAUCCCGCCACUGACCAUUUGUUCGCCAGCUCCCCAGUUCCGGCUCAUUUCCUGCACCCGCACCCUGGGGGCCGGCCCAAUUCCGAGCAUUUCAUGCCGUUUGUGCCGGUGGCUCUGCAGCAGCACCACCAUCACCAGCAGCAGCAGCAGCAGAUUGCAGCGGCAGUGGCAGCCCAUCCGCAGUAUCACAGGCAGGUGGGGCAUUUUGGGUCGCCACCAAAUGGGCAAUUCGAGCACCCAUUCUUGGCGAGGCAGUCGUCACAGCCGGUUCAUAGGAUGGGGGCACCGCUGCACAAUUCAGUGCCAGGCUAUGUAGAGGAGUUGGAAUCAGCGAAUGCAACUGGAGGCAGGAAAGUUCUUACUCUAUUUCCAACUGGGGAUGAUUGACUUUGGGUAAAUGUCAUCACUUUGUUCCUUUUUCUUUUUUUUUUUUCUUUUUCUUCUCAUUCCAUCUUUCUACUGUUAAGUUCAUUUUAAUUUCUGGGUCAUGUGAAAAUUGGUGUCUGGUUGUAUUUGUUAGAAAAUACACUAGAUUUCCUUGUUGUGUUAGCGGGUGGUUUGGGCUUCAGAUGAGAUCCGUGAAUCCUUAUUGCAGAUCCAAAAUUUCUGGUUAUUAUUCAUUUGUUGCCAUCGGGGUUUGUUUCGCUGUCCUUAUGAGUUCAGUAGUGUUAGGAGGGCUGUAUCCAUGUGUCCUUUUCUCUGGACUGCUACUUUUGUAAUUAUAUUGCUGGUUGCAGUCUAUAAUAUAUAUCUGGGGAUAAUGAUUGUGAUGUCAUUCGAGCGACAUUAAUUGAAGCUCUUCUUUGGUAAAAAUCAUAGUGGUAUGAUGAUGGUCGAUCAAUCCGGCUUUCUUAGACGUUCAUUUCUACCUUGUUAUGUAAGGAAUCAACUGGGGUUUCUUUCAAGACAGAGUUUUUCUCAUUGGUAUGACUGGUAGCCUGGUAGGAUUGGAAGAAGCAACAGUUAACUAAUUUUGAGCUUGCAAUGAGGAUAAAUAAUGCUAGCAAAAGUGCUCCUUAGGUUCUCUAGAUAUCUAAAGAUGCAGUUGGUAAUUGUGUUUGGACGCAUUUGGCACCGCUUUUCUUGGCUUUUGGGAGUUGUGCCGUGUAUCUCUUAGUUUAGUAUCAUAUAGGGGUAAGUUUUACUUGUUGUACAUUUUGUAAGUUUGUGGACAACUUAAACCCCCUGAUGCUAGGGGUCUGUUGAAACAAUUCUCAUUUUAUUAGAAGGUUAUCUUAAUGCUUCUUGAUCUUA